AGUGUUUGGCGGCCGGCUAGUAGGAAGUGGCGCUUCCGGGAGUGGAGAUGGCCGCGCUGGCCCCGCUGCCGCCGUUGCCCGCGCAGUUUAAGAGCAUACAGCAUCAUUUGAGAACGGCUCAGGAGCAUGACAAGCGGGACCCCGUGGUGGCCUACUACUCAAAGAAGGCCUUCCUUGGAAAAGGUGUUAGCAUACUGGUUCUCUUGCAUUGUUUAGGUCGCUUAUAUGCUAUGCAAACCGGAAUGAAGAUUGAUAGUAAAACUCCUGAGUGUCGUAAAUUUUUAUCAAAGCUAAUGGAUCAGUUAGAAGCUCUUAAGAAACAGCUGGGAGAUAAUGAAGCUGUUACUCAAGAAAUAGUUGGUUGUGCCCAUUUGGAAAAUUAUGCUUUGAAAAUGUUCUUGUAUGCAGACAAUGAGGAUCGAGCGGGACGGUUUCACAAAAACAUGAUCAAGUCCUUCUACACCGCGAGCCUUUUAAUCGAUGUCAUAACAGUAUUUGGUGAGCUGACAGAUGAGAAUGUGAAACACAGAAAGUAUGCAAGGUGGAAAGCAACAUAUAUCCAUAACUGCUUAAAGAAUGGGGAGACUCCUCAAGCAGGCCCUGUUGGAAUAGAAGAAGAUAAUGAUGUUGAAGAAAGUGAAGAUGUUGGUGCCACCUCUCUGCCCACUCAGCCGCCUCAGCCAUCAUCUUCAGCAUAUGACCCAAGUAAUUUGGCACCAGGCAGCUACAGUGGGAUACAGAUUCCUCCAGGUGCACAUGCUCCAGCUAAUACACCCGCAGAAGUGCCGCACAGCACAGGCGUAACGAGUAAUACCGCGCAGCCUAGUCCACAGACUGGUCCAGUCAUCGAUUCUGACCUGUAUACAGCUUCCCAGGGGGAUAUCCGCCUGACACCAGAGGAUUUUGCUCGAGCUCAGAAGUACUGCAAAUACGCUGGCAGCGCUCUGCAGUAUGAGGAUGUGGGUACCGCGGUGCAGAACCUACAGAAGGCUCUCAGGCUGCUGACAACAGGCAGGGAGUAAAGCCUCUGGCCUGGAAGCCAUGUGUUUGCAGCCUCCAGAACUAACAUCCAUCACACUUUGCUCAGCCUGUCGGGAGCAUGGUUUGACAGAAGACUACAGUUCUACUGAGUACGACAGUGACUCCUGUAUGCUUCAGAUUCCUGGGGAAGCAUUCUUCAGCUGCCUCAGCCAGUUGUCAUUGUCCAGCAAGUGGAUCCACUUAUCUCUGAGUAUAGAGAGCUGAUCUUAGCAUCAAACCCUGCUUCAAAAAAGGAAAAUGUCCCUGUAGAAAAUCAUGUUGGGUGUAAGCUUUCUUAAUUUAUAUACACUAAAGGAAGUUUUUGAGAAAUCUGUAAUAUUUGGACAAACCAUAUUAUGUAGCUAUAAUAUCCUAAAUUAAACGUUUAAUAAAGAUUGCCAGAAUAUUCUGGAUUGGCGA